GAGCAGCUUGUUCACUUCUCAUCAAUUUCCUCCUCAAGGAAAGCUGAUUCCAGGGAGGGAUCAAACCCCCAAGAAAAUGGAUUCCUCCUCCUUCCAUUUCCGACCUCUGUUCCUGCUUGCUCUGUUUUUAGCUUUACUUUCCUGCUGCUGCCAAACAGAAGCACAGGAAUUGGAUUCCCUCAGGAUCAGGAACAGAACAGACAGAAAUCUGGCAGAUGAAGGAGAAGGAGCAAGAAGAAGAUGCAACUGGUUCAGAGGAAAAUGGGUGUACGACGCUUCUUAUCCUCUCUACGACCCCUCCUCUUGUCCCUUCAUAGAUCCACAGUUUAACUGUCAAAAGUACGGCCGUCCCGACACUCUGUACCAGAAAUUCAGGUGGCAGCCAUUUUCAUGUCCCCUGCCCAGAUUCAAUGCUACGAAUUUCCUGGAGAAAUACAGGGGGAAGAAGAUAAUGUUUGUCGGUGACUCACUGAGUUUGAACCAAUUCAACUCGCUGGCUUGUAUGAUUUACUCUUGGGUGCCGAACACUAGGACCACCUUCUCCAAGGGGAGCCCUCUUACAUCAGUGACCUUUGAGGAGUAUGGGCUACAGUUGAAUCUGUACCGGACGGCAUAUUUGGUGGAUCUUGAUCGUGAGAGUGUGGGACGAGUGCUGAAACUUGAUUCCAUCAAGAGCGGUGAUGCCUGGAGAGGAAUGGAUGUUCUGGUGUUCAACACCUGGCAUUGGUGGACCCACACUGAAACAUCUCAGCCGUGGGAAUACAUGGAGGCAGAUAAGAAACUGUACAAGGACAUGAACAGGUUCAUUGCCUACUACAAAGGGCUCACCACCUGGGCUAGGUGGGUCAACCUCAAUGUUGAUCCUGCCAAGACCAAAGUCUUCUUCUUAGGCAUUUCUCCUGUACAUUAUGAGGGAAGAGAUUGGAAUGAACCAGCAAGGUCAUGCAUGAGGGAGACAGAGCCAUACUUUGGUCUGAAGUACCCAGCAGGGACACCAAUGGCAUGGGUGGUGGUGAACAAAGUGUUGAGCAGGAUGAAGAAGCCGGUAUACUUUCUGGAUGUGACCACACUCUCUCAGUACAGGAAAGAUGCGCAUCCAGAAGCUUACAGUAAGGUCAUGGAAACUGAUUGCAGCCAUUGGUGUCUCCCUGGCUUGCCUGAUACCUGGAAUCUUCUUCUUCAUGCUGCUCUCUUUUCUUAAUAUUUUCAACUUGUUUGUUCCACAGGGUAAGUCCUUUCUUUUUUCCUUCUCUUUCUUUUGCUUAGGGGGAUUUUUAAUUUGGUUCUGUAAGUGGGGCUAAUAAACCCAGCAAGGCAUUGGUGUUAUUAUGCUCCAAAAUUGUAAAGCUACACUAUUUUUGGCAUAAACUUGCCUUCAUUUGUUCCCAAAUAAUUAAUUAGCCUUCUCAAUUGUUGUCCAUUGCUUCAAA